AUCAAAAUACGUUUAUAAUCUUCCUUUGAUAAAAUAAGUCAUAUUUAUUAUACAUAAAUAAAUUCUCAGCAACAUUUUCAAUUAUUUCAGUAUAUCAAAAGAUAAAGACAAAGGGAAUCUGUUAAUUAUACAGAGUCAAAACAAACGAUGGAGUCCUCACAGGAAAAUAAACAAACACAAGCUAAAAAGUUGAUAGAACGCUACUUCUUUCAAUUGACAACUGGAUGUGGAAAACCUGAUUGCACCAAUAAAUAUUGCGCUUCAUCAGGAUUAGUCGAAAAAUUAUGUGGAAAUCAAGCAGCAAUCAAAUCUCUUCAACUUUAUGUUGACCAAGCUAAAUUAUGUGACACAUCAACAUCAGUCGUAAUUAAAGACGUGGAAAUGAUUAUUUCUGAUCUUUCCAAAUCAAAUAGCUCAACUUCAAAAAACGAACCGGCAAUGUCAAGUGAUAAUAGUGGAACUUCAAAUAAUUCACCAACAAGCUCAUCAUCAAAAGAAAUACUGUUCGUUGAUGAAACAAAAUUAAAUGAACUCAUGGAUUUAUGUGAACAAACAAAAGAUUUUGCUCCAAUUAUUCGUUGCCUCGGCUCAAUUCUUUACAGCAAAGAAUCAGUUGUGAAGAGUUUUCAACGCAAGACUAAAAGUUCAAUUGAUGUGAUUUUUGACCGUGUUAAGCCAUCGUCAAUAAACACAAUGAAGAAGGAAGACAUCAGAACACUUGAAGAUGAUGAGAAAGAAGAAGAUUCAAUGGCAACUGAAGAAGAAACGAAGUUAAAUGAUCCAACAUACACUCCUGUCGAUGUCGAAAGUAUCCGUCGAUGUAUGACACGACUUUUUCAACUAAACCCAAAUGUCUUUGAAUCACUUGAUAGCCCAAUUCAAGGCUUAUCGUCAAUGCUUCAUCUUGACAUGCAUCUUUUAAAAAGUGAUGAAGAAUUUGAAGACAUUUUAACAGUGAUUGUGAUAUUAUUUGAGAUUUUCAACAUUACAAAUGGACAAUUGGAACAAAGCAUAGUUAGAAUACUUCCGGUGAUUGCAAAUCUUCCUGUGCAAGCGCAAGCACGAUUAGCUCAAAUAUGGAGUUCACACUGUAAAAAUGAUCUCUCAACAAUUCUUCUCCAUCUUCAACAAAUUAUAACGCUUCAAGUCAUUGCCAACGUAUACAAUCGAGAGAAUCACGUGAAUGACAACGAAAUUAUCACAAAUGCAGUGAAAGUUAUGAAAAUUGUUUAUUGUGCGAAUAUUCUUACUAGUGAUGUUGGUGGUGAAACCAAAUUCAUGACACAGGAAACAAAUGGGGGAUUAGGAAGCAUUUUAGAAGAUGAAGAAGAUGAUUUCAGUUCGAUUGUUUACCCUUUUGAUCCAUCAAAAUCAACAAAGUUCUUCGACGAUCCAUUAAUGAAACAAUUGGGAAUUUGUAUUGAACAAUGUCGUGAGCCUUUAAUUCCAUUCGAAGAGUUUCAGAAUGAGCCACUUUGUGAUGUUGUUGAAAUGGAUGUUGAAUUUAUAAGAUAUCGAAGAUUAUUAGCAAUUGACAAACUCGCUGAAGAUAAAAGAUUCUCAUUUAUUUUUUACUCUUUCGUCUUGACACCAAUAACCAAAUCGACGGCACUUUUCUAUGAUAGCAGAAUAAGAAUGUUCUCGGAACGACGAACGAGUAUGAUGAACAUGCACUUCUUAGGUCAACCGACAAAUCCCUACUUGAAAUUGAAAAUUCGACGAGAUUUUCUCAUCGACGAUGCACUUGCUGAACUUGAAAUGGUCGCAAUGUCAAAUCCCAAAGAUUUAAGAAAACAAAUUUUCAUUGAAUUCGAUGGAGAACAAGGAAUCGAUGAAGGUGGAGUGUCAAAAGAAUUCUUCCAACUUAUUGUUGAAGAAAUCUUCAAUCCAGAUUAUGGAAUGUUUGUCGACGUGAAUGGAACCAGUUGGUUCAACUCAUUCUCUUUCGAGAACACUGCUCAAUACACACUGAUAGGAAUUGUUUUGGGUCUUGCCAUUUACAACCAUGUCAUUCUGCCUGUUAACUUUCCAAUAGUUGUUUAUAGAAAAUUGAUGAAUUGGAAAUUAACUUGGCAUGAUCUCAAAGACUUUAAUCCUGUGAUUUACAAUAGUUUAAAAUCAUUACUGACAUAUGAUGAACCUGAUAUUGAAGAAGUCUUCUCUCAGACAUUUGAGAUUGGUUAUCAAGACGUGUUUGGGAGUUCAUUGAAACAUAAUUUGAAGAAAGAUGGCGACAAGAUAUUUGUAAAUCAUUUCAAUAAACAAGAGUUUGUUGAACUUUAUGCUGAUUUCCUGAUGAAUAAAAGUAUCGAAAAGCAGUUCAAAGCUUUCAAAAAAGGCUUCCGAAUGGUCACUGACGAGAGUCCUUUGAGUUAUCUCUUUCGACCGGAAGAAAUUGAGUUGCUCGUUUGCGGAUCGAAUAAUUUCGAUUUUGAUGAACUUGAAAAGUCAACGGAAUAUGAAGGCGGAUACUCAUCGAAUAGUGAAAUAAUCAAACACUUCUGGAGCAUUGUUCAUGGCUUCUCACUGGAAUCGAAACGAAAACUGUUGCAAUUCACUACAGGAUCAAAUCGUGUUCCCAUCGGUGGCUUUAGUAAACUCAAGCUCGUUAUCGCAAGACAUGGCCCAGAUUGUGACAGACUGCCUACAAGUCAUACAUGCUUCAAUAUUCUUCUAUUGCCAGAAUAUUCUGCACGUGAGAAACUCGAAGAAAGAUUACUGAAAGCGAUAAAUUAUUCGAAAGGCUUCGGUAUGUUGUAAAACAAUAUUCGUAAGUAUCAUAAUCAUAAUCGAUGCAUUUAAAGUAAUAAAAGGAAAAUAAAAUGAAAGGAAAACUUGAAA